ACCUGGAAAGACUUAUUUCCACACUUUUAUCAAACACAGAAGAAAUCCAGCAUGGAUAAACUAAGCUCUCAUUUCCGCAGGAACUUAGAAAUUACCAUGCUACACAACUCCAAUAGACAGCACACGCUUCACAAAGGAUAGAGGCCUUCCUUGCGCCAACAUUCUUUUAUAAACAAAUAGUUUUACUGAUAGACUUACCAGGAGUAUGUCUCUAUGUGGGCUAAGAAUGUUUCCUCUGACUAACCAGGGUUUUUAAACGCUACACGCAUGAAGUAUAAAGGAUCUAAGUUCUGAAGAAAAAGGUUUGCAUCAUGAUCUGUUAACUUUCCUGUUCUCCUCUUUAUCAAGACUGCUCUGAGAUCCAUUCUGUGCAGAUGCAGAAAUUGCCACAUAUUUCUCUACCAACAACUGUCACAUUAUCUGCUAAUGUCCACCUACUUCUCCAAAAUUAGCCCCAAAUCAUUGCAGUGUAAGAGGAUAAAGCAGGCAUCUAAAUUUGGUUAUAUAGUGUAAAUAGAAGAUUGAGAAUCUAUAGAAAUUGGAGGAGGAAUAAGAGGCAUGGUUUUAAGUGGGACCUGAUUCUUUUUAUGCACAAGCAUUAUGGACCCAUUACAGGACAUUGGCCUAGUAUGUAACAGUAGAAUUAGCUGUUGGGAAAUGAGCUUGUUGCCUUCUGCCAUACUGAUGACUCCCCCCACCCCCAUGUGUGGACUGUUGCUGAAAUUGAUUGCUGUUUUUCCUUUGUCUCUUCACAGGGGUCUUGUUCUUUGUUUUUAAUGCUUUUUAAGGCUGAGUGGGAUAUAAGGCCUUAUGUUUGUUCUUGUUUGUUGUACACAAUGCAUGCAUGAAUGUCAAUGAAUUUGAGAAACACAAUGAAUGCAUGAAUGCCAUUGAAUUUCUGAAAAAUCAGAGAGAAAAGUCAUCUGGGUGUUAAAAGAUGGGCAACAGUAUCAAGUGCUGUAUUGCUUGUAUGCUUCCAUGUGGUGCUCUUGAUGUGGUCAGAGUUCUGCAUGCGAAUGGGCACGUGGAGGAGUAUAGCAGGCCUGUCAAGGCUGGAGAAGUUAUGAAGGAAAAUCCUAAGCAUGUUUUAGGGCUACCCAGUUACCAAGGUGUUGUUCAGAAGACUGUUGUGUUACCGCCUGAAGCAGAGCUUCAAAGAGGAAAGAUCUACUUCCUUAUUCCUGCUUAUGGUCUACAAAAACACAGAGCUCAGAAGCCCGAUUCCCAUGCUAACAAAACCUCCAAGACGCCUUCUGUCCAAAAGCUCUCUGCAAGGAAGGAUUCGGGAGAUAAAGUGCGUAGAGGUGCAUCCUCGCCCCUGGCAAACUCUCAGAAUGCCAAUGUAAACCAAUCUGAGGCCCCCAAACAGAGAGCUUUGAGUUUAAAACAGUGUGAGACUGUGACCCAGCUGGGCAUCUCAGAGCAGCAUUUGGCAGCGGAGAUGUGUGAGAAUGAGGUGGUCGUCGAGGCCCAACUGGGUAGCCGACAAUGCUAUCAGCCAAGGAAGAAGCCUGAAAGCAGGAGAUCUAGCGGAUUUGGAGUUGGGUUGUGGAGGCCUGCUCUGGAGAGCAUAUCAGAGAUUGGGUUUGAAUGAGAAUACCAGAACAAAGGACCAAUAACAUUACCUGUGCACAAUUAGAGGCCUCUAUAGAUUGAGAUGGCAUGAUGCAUCGAUUGUCCCACUCCUGUCUUCUUUGAUGAAGGCUGAAUCAGAUCAGAUGGGUUUUCUUGCUUCAAGUCUUUCUUCAUUGGGAAUUCAAUCCCUGAUCAGAUUGCAAAAGUUGCUCCAUUGGAUGCAGUGUAUAGAGUCCAAGGAAAACAGCAAUCUGGUGAGAUUUAUAGACUGGAAUCCUAAAUAUAAGGCCUCUGAGAUCACAUCAUGUUUUCAAAAGGAUGAGAAUGAUCAGAGCCUUCAUUUUUUUAUUUAUCUAUUCAGGAAAGAGGAUUCACUAUAUACGUGGAAAAGAUAGCUCUCUUGUAUAAUCCCUGUUCAUCACAAAUCCAAGAACAGCUUUCUAGGUUGUAAGUCAGUUUGCCUUUACGAUUGUCCUUAUCCUGAUCUGUGUGAAAAUCUCGAAAUUCAGGUGGGAACGGGGAUGGGUUUUUGCCUCUUAUUUAAGGGUUAUGCUUUAAAUUAUAUGUAAAGAUUUCUUAUGUAGAUAAGUCUGAAACUUAAACAUAAUUGUCAGGAAUCUGUCUCAGGAAGCAAUUGUAUCUAAAAUGGCACAGGCCUCUCAUUCCUUUUUUUUUUUUUUGUCUGAGAGCAAUAAACAAAGGUUGGUUCUA